AUUUACUCAAUGUUUUUUUUUAAAGUUAUAUCUAUCAAAUUCUUGAGUAGUAAACCUAUAAAUUCAGAGUGUAAUUAAUUUUUAAUUAGUACGUCCAAAGCUAUCAAGCCGAACGGAUCGUUUUAAAAAUUCAAUAGUUUUAUUAUAAGUACUGAAGAGUGAAGUUUAUAUUUAUUUGAGUUGCAAAAUGACGAGAAAAGUUGAAAUGAAAUUAGAAAAAAAUCCUGUUGAAAAUGCUAAUCCGAUAAGUCGAUUAUUUUUUUGGUGGACAGUGAAGUUAUUUAAAAAAGGCAAUCGAGAUGGGCUUACCAUGGAAGAUAUGUAUGCUCCAUUAGCUCAUGAUGAGUCUAAGGGUUUAACAAACGAGUUGGAAAAGGCAUGGAACGAUGAGCUCAAAAAAAGUAUGCGCAAAAAGCCAAAUAACAUUCACGAUGGAAACCAAAUAAAACCACCAGAACCCAGUUUAAUCAAAGCUAUCUUCCGAACAUUUUGGUUAAAAAAUUUGUACAUCGGACUGCUUUUACUUUUUCAAACAGUAAUUUUGCGCAGUGUCCAGCCUAUUUUCCAAGCCCAGGUAAUAAGUUUUUUCGAUUCUGGAGAUAAGAAUUCAACAACACGCAAUGAAACUUUGGGGUAUGCAACCGCUCUUAUUGCUACAACGCUUGGAGUCACGUUUAUUAUGCACCAUACGAAUGUUGACAGUCAACAAAUUGGGAUGAGAAUACGAAUAGCUUGCUCUUCGCUUAUUUACAGAAAAAGUCUUCGCUUGAGCAAGACAGCUCUUGACACUACUGCAGGUGGCCAAAUUAUUAAUCUUCUUAGUAAUGAUGUCAAUCGCUUCGAUCUUUUGCCGAUGUACUUUAAUUAUUUGUGGAUUAUGCCGAUACAGAUCAUCGUUGUUGGUUACAUUAUGUGGCAGAGUAUUGGGAUUUAUACACUUAUUGGUUUCGGCUCACUUUUGUUGCUAACAAUUCCAAUACAAGCAUAUGCGUCGAUACUCAGUGGGAAACUCAGAGCAUCUAUUGCAGGAUUAACUGAUCGAAGAGUUCAGCUCAUGAGUGAAUUAGUUGCUGGGAUUCAAGUAAUAAAGAUGUAUGCAUGGGAGAAACCAUUCAACAAAAUAGUUUCUCAAACAAGAUUAGCUGAAAUAAAAAAAAUACAUAGCUCAUCGAAUGUUCGUGGAUUGUAUACAUCUUUAAUGGUCUUCACUGAACGGACAACGCUUUAUGUAACACUUAUUGCUUUUGUGUUGAUGGGAAACCCCAUGAAAGCUGAUAUCACAUUCCAAUUGUCAAGUUACUUCAAUAUACUGCAAAUGGUAGUUGCUAUAUGCUUCCCACAAGCACUGAUAUUGUUCAGUGAAGCUAUUAUUUCCAUCAAAAGGAUAGAAGAAUUUUUAUUACUCGAUGAAAUUUCUAAAUCUCAGGAUUCAAACAAACUUAUCAAACCAGCAAGUCUGACAGAUUCCACAAAAUCAUCUGCCAAAAUAGGUAGCGCAGUUAGAAUUGAACUGGAUAAAGUAUCAGCCAAUUGGAUAGUUGGACAAUUACCUCCGACAUUGUGCGAUGUGACAUUAAACGUCAAACCAGGAGAAUUGUGCACUUUAGUCGGCCCAGUUGGAUCUGGAAAAUCUUCUCUAUUAAAUUUAUUACUGCAAGAGUUACCAGUUAGCGCUGGAACGGUUGGACUCUUUCAGUUUGAAAAUAAAAAAUCAAUUGUGUUUAAAUCUAAACACAGGUUCAUCCAAGACAAUCCUGAGAUGACAAUAUCAUACGCAAGUCAAGAUCCGUGGCUUUUUUCAGGAACUAUCAGAGAAAACAUACUUUUUGGACUUGAGUAUGAUCAUACGCGAUAUCUUGAGGUAACAAGAGUGUGCUCGCUUAUGAAGGAUUUUCAGCAGUUUCCAAAUGGAGAUUUAACUUCUGUUGGAGAGCGCGGAGCAUCACUUUCCGGAGGCCAGAAAGCUAGAGUAAAUCUUGCAAGAGCUAUUUAUAAACAAGCUGAUUUGUAUCUUUUGGAUGAUCCUCUCAGUGCAGUUGAUGCUCGUGUUGCUCGACUUCUUUUCAACGAAUGUAUUUCUAAGUAUCUUCAUGGAAAAACUAGGAUUCUCGUUACUCAUCAGCUGAAUUAUUUGAAACAAGCGGAUACUAUUGCUAUGAUUGAUCGAGGAUGUAUUAAACAUCAAGGUACAUUUGAAAGCUUAACGAAAACCAACCCAGAAUUCAACAAUUUGUUAAAUAACAUGAAAUCAAAUGAUACUGAAUCACUAGGAGAUGCAAAUGAAAACCAUAGUCCUAAAAAACUUUCUGAAGAAGUAAACUUUUCUGCUAGAUUUGACAAGUCAAGAACUUCCCGCAUUUCGAUUAGAUCUCAAGACAGUUACCAAUUCUUACCCUAUCAAGAGUUUACCACAGCAGAAUGUAAUACACAAGUCGACUCAGAAACGAUGGAGUCAGGGCGAAUGUCAAACAAAGUUUACUAUCGAUAUUUCCGUGAAGGAGGAAAUAUCAUUGUUCUUAUAAUAAUGAUAAUUAUCUACAUUUUAUCUCAAAUAGCGACAAGUGGUGCAGAUUAUUGGCUCAGCUACUGGAUAAACAUAGAAACCAUCAGAAAUAAGUGUGAAAAUUCUGCGAAAAACAACUGUUCAGUUUCUGAAUUUGAAUAUAAAUCAAUGGUUAAUAAUACCUUUUUCCAAUCACUUUCACUUCUUGACAGCGAUGGAUUUUUAUCUACUAUAUAUGCAGUUCACAUUUAUACAGCAUGUAUUGUCGGGUGUAUCGUUUUAGUUACCUUAAGAAGUUUCUUCUUUAUGCACGUUUGCAUGAAUGCUGGAAGAAAACUACAUAAUCACAUGUUUUCAAAUGUCCUGCAAGCAACGAUGAACUUCUUUCAUAUGAAUCCUUCUGGGCGAAUUUUGAACAGAUUCUCAAAAGAUGUUGGCGCAAUGGAUGAAUUGCUUCCCCGAGCUAUGCUCGAAGCUAUUCAAAUUUUUCUUGUAAUGGCAGGAAUAUUGGUUAUCAUAACGAGCGUUAAUCCCUGGAUGGGCAUACCUAUUGUAAUUAUGGGAACAAUAUUCUAUCUAAUACGGAUUUAUUAUCUAAACACAGCUCAGGACAUUAAGCGAUUGGAGGGUAUUGCAAAAAGUCCAGUUUUUUCUCAUGUCAGCACUACAUUAGAUGGUUUGAUGACCAUCCGAAGCCGUGGAAAAGAUGUAGAAAGAAUGUUAUGCAACGAAUUUGAUCAUUAUCAAGACAUCCAUACGGGUGCAUGGUAUCUAACAAUCGCUACAGGAUCAGCAUUUGGACUUAUUCUUGACUUAAUUUCUUGUGUUUUUGUCACAUGUGUCUGUUAUUCAUUAAUUCUUAUGGAUCCUGAAAACACAUUUGGUGGAUCUGUUGGGUUGGCUAUAUCACAGUCACUAAUUUUGACGGGUAUGCUUCAGUAUGGUGUAAAGCAAACAGCUGAAGUACAGUCGCAAAUGACAUCGGUUGAAAGAAUUAUCCAGUACACCGAUUUGCCGAAAGAAGGCCCAAUGGAAUCAACAAAUCCCCCACCAAGCGACUGGCCAUCAAAGGGUGACGUCAAAUGGCAAAAUGUGUCUAUGAGUUAUAAAGCUGAAGAUCCACCUGUAUUGAAGAACAUUGAGCUCGAUAUAGAGUCAGGCUGGAAAGUUGGAGUGGUUGGAAGAACUGGUGCUGGAAAAUCUUCCUUAAUAUCAGCCCUUUUCCGUUUAGCAGAUGAUGGUCUGCAAGGGAAGAUAAUUAUUGACGAUUUGGACACAAAAACUAUUGGUCUUCAAGAUUUGCGAGCUCAUAUAUCGAUAAUCCCGCAAGAGCCUAUCCUUUUCUCAGAAACUUUGAGAUAUAACCUUGAUCCAUUUGGCAAGUAUUCUGAUAAUGAUAUAUGGGAAGCUCUAAGAGAAGUUGAACUGAACGAUUUGACUCUUGAUCAAUGGGUCACUGAGAGUGGGUCAAACUUCAGUGUUGGUCAGCGUCAAUUAAUAUGUCUUGCGCGAGCAUUGCUACGAAACAAUAAGAUUCUUGUCCUGGAUGAAGCUACUGCUAAUAUUGAUUCUCAGACUGAUGCGAUGAUUCAGCGAGCAAUUAGAACGAAGUUUGCCAAUUGUACCGUAAUAACAAUAGCGCAUCGUUUAAAUACAAUCAUCGACAGUGACAGGGUUUUGGUGAUGGACAAUGGAAAUGCUGCGGAAUUUGGAAGUCCGUAUGAAUUACUCAUUGAGAAUUCCAACAGUAUGUUUGCUGAAAUGGUUGAUCAAACUGGAAGUAUAAUGGCAGAGAAACUUCGUGAAGAAGCUAUUAAAUAUCAUAAUGAAAGGGAGAGUUUUGGAACAUUUGAUGAUGACGAAAAUCAGCAAAUGUGCGACAUAGAUUCAAGUGCAAUUAUAGAUAGUAUUAAACUGUAAUUUUAUAAAUAUAUCUAAGAUUUGGG